AUUAGAAAAUGUAGCUGGCUAAAUGCUUUCUAUGAUAAACCUUUUGGCAAAAAAAAGACCUUGCUCUUUCAUUGUAAACGUCUUAUGUUGUGUAGCUUAGUUGCUAGCCAAAUAGCUUUACAUUAUUUUAUUUUGUGUGAAAACUAUAGUUGCACGCCCCGGAGUAGCGCAACGGGUCUAAAGGCACUGCAUUUCGGGUGCAAGAAGUCCCUGAUUCGAAUCCAGGCAUAAUCUCAUCCGGCCGUGAUUGGGAGUCCCAUAGGGCCUCGUCCGGGUUUGGCCGUCUUUGUAAAUAAGAAUGUGUUCUUGACUGACUUGCCUAGUUAAUUUUAAAAAAUACAUACAUCUCGGGUCAAGAGUCCAUUUAUGCUUGGUCCGAAAACGCGGACGCCAUAUGGGUGGUAUGGUGUAAUUGCAAACCAGAUUGGAGGCACACAGAGGUCACAUUUAACUCUACCGCAUCGCCAUACGCCUCUUACAUUUUCGGGCUCCGCAUUAACGCAACAUCUGUCCUACAGUCCUAGCUAGCAUCCUUAUUUCUUGAAACAUAUCCAUGUCCCACCCUGGCAGCUCAAUCCAAUGAAGAUGGAAAUGUAUGUUUCCAGCAUAAGCAAACGUAAUGCCACAAAGACAGAUCUGAGUUUGUUGCUGGAGUGUCUGAAGUACCAGAUGAAAUGUCCUGCUUCACAGAAACAAGCUCUUUUCACCAUCUACUCCAUCUGUCAACAGAGAGAAGAGAAUGUUGACUUCUUCAGAGAGAUGGGAGGAGUGGUGUUUGUGUACAACCUCUCUAAAUCCAGUGUUCACUCAGAGGUCAGGGAGACUGCUCAGUUCACACUGGGAAUGCUGGCAGAGGCCAAUGUGUACUGUAAGCAGGCCCUGUGUAGGAGGGAGACAUUCAGUGAUCUGGCCGAGUGUCUGAUGCAGCAGGACAGUCCACUGACCCAGAGGAGAGUAGCCGUCUACCUGCUCUCUGUCCUCGUCGCCAACAACAGGUCUGGCCAGAAGUUCGCUCAGACCUCAGGCUGUCUGGAUAUCCUGCUGGACUUGUUCAGAACUAGUUUCCCUCUCUCUGGUGAGGCCACAGUGAGACCUGCUAACGUCACUCAGCUGUUCCAACUCUGGACCUCUGUGUCCAGUGCUCUCUGUGGCUGUGUCAACAACCCCCAGAAUGAGGAGAGCCAGCGUAUGUGUGUGUCAGCCUUCCCCCUGGUCAAGGGCUGGCUGCAGCAGCUCUCUCACCCCUACGCAGAGAUGGUUCAGCCCAUCUGCUCCUUUAUAUCCAUGACUGUUGCCAACAACCAUUUUGCUCAGGAUAGUUUUUCCACAGUCGGCGGGCUCGGAAAUCUGACACUCACUCUGAUUCGCUUAGCCUCUGAUGCCUCCCACAGCCCAUUGGCUUGUCAGCUGUCUGUCAUCAUGACCAAGACCCUGUCAGCCUGCAUCAUUGACAACCCUGUGUUGGCGUCAGGUCUGGCAGGUUAUGGUUUGGUUGCUCAGCUCCACUCCCUGCUGUCCAGCCCCAGCCUGGAGCCCCAAGACAGGCUCAUUGUCAUACUCACCCUGGGACACUGCACUGAGGCCUCUGAGGAGCACCGGUCUCAGUUCUUACAGUGUGGAGGUCUGUCCCUCAUCACUCUACUGACUGAGUCUACCAGUGAAGAGCUCAGGAAGGCUGCUGCCUUCAUACUGCAGACCUGCAAACAGGCUACUGUGUUUCUGCGCGGUGCGGUACAUGGGGAGUCUCAGGGUCAGACUGCAGAGCUGGAGCCCCCUGUGGACAUGGAGGGGUACUGGAGGUCAGCACGAGACAUGCUGCACAGGAUCAACCAGCUGGAGAGACAACAGGCUCAGGGUGGCGACAGACAGCCCAUCUCAGUAUGGAGAGCAGUUCACUAUGCAUGUAGACCUAUCAUCUCAUCAUGGUAACUUUAUUUUCUUGUGACGGGUGCUGUAGGCCUGCAUUUGCUGCAGCAUAGUCUACAGUAAUAUAAAGAAUAAAUGUACAUCUUUUGGGGGUCACCUUGUUUUUUAAUUGUAAUUACUUUUACAAUUUUGUUGCAGCUGCAGAGUCACUCAAAUAUCGUUGCUUUAAAUCAGUGCACGCCCAAGCACUCUCUUUCUCUCCAUUAACUCCAUUCAAAUUGCAUCCAAAAUAGAUAAUCAUGUUCUAGUUAAGCAAUAA